AUGCGGACGAUUCGCAAGUGUUGCUCAACACCACCAUGGCUGGCUACCAGGGACCUAAAAGGCACACCACUCUCUUACGCCCAGAAGUUGUAUCUCGUGAGACAAAUUAGAGAUCACCCUGUGGUACACACGAAACCUUCAAACUACACUAGUAUACUGGAGAGAAAAGCCGCGUGGGAGACAAUAACUAAGAACUUCAAUGUAUGUUUCUCCACGGCGGAGCCCAAGAAUACUCAUCAGCUGAAGAAGACUUGGGAGUACUUAAAGAAUAAAGUGAAGAAGGAUCACAGCAGGUACAUCCGGGAAACCCAUCAGACUGGUGGUGGGCCACCACCAGCCCCACCAAAACCAGCUGAUGAGGUAACGCUGAUUGUACAGCUGAUCCUUAAUAAUAGGCUGCCAGUACCUGACGACAUCUUUGAUAGUGAAUUUGUAGAAGCAUGCGUACUGGCCCGACUCAAUUCCACAGCACUGGAAUGUGCUGACACACCUGAAGCUGCAGGACAGCAGCCAGCACAAGAUCUGGUCUUGGACAACCCUGGCAGUCCACUUAUCAUCAGGAGUGAGGACUGUGAACUUAUAGAUGCGGAAGAUGAUGUGGACCUCCCAGGUGCUAGAACCUCCGCUCAUCCUGUACUAAAAAAAGGCACCUGCUCUGCUCGCAGCAGUAGUGCCACAGCUGCCACCCAAAACCAGUCCUUCACAGGACGAAAGAGGAAGGCAGCAGAAAGCAAAUCUGCUGCUUAUGGCAGGUGUGCCAAGCAGCAGAAACACUUUCGUGAUGAACUGGCCUCAACAUUUGAGGCCCUUGCUGCAAAAGCGGCGACAACGCUGGACAGCGUAGCUUCUGCUGCCGAUAAAAUUGGGUCGGCGGCAGACAGAAUGGCAUCUGCUGCAGAGAGAAUUGCUGCAGCCCUUGAAAGGGUAGCUGGUAUACACCAACCACUACCAUAAGGUACCACUGAAGAAAAUAAAAAUAAAGAAUAACUUGAAGUGUA